AGAUGUGACAUUAGAUUCCUGUACAACAAUAUUGAUAUUUCAGAGCCGGCUGCUGGAUUGAAGUUACUCCAGAAGACUGCGGUUUAACAGGGUUGUGUGACUGCAUUGCAGAGGUGCUGGGACACAGACUGAGGAGUACACAGAAAAAAAUUACUUCUGCUGAUUUCCAUCUUUAUGCCAGCCGCUUGGUGAUCUAGUGCUGUAAGAUUCCAGAGCAGCCUGUCCUGAAUGGCUGUGUGCAGAGGGGGUGUGUCAUUUUGGGUGGGAUGUAUCAGGAGCCACGGUGGCAGGCAGCUGAUACCGAAACAUAGCUGGAGUGUGUGGCAGACUGUCUUGAAUGGCAACAUUAGAUCGCUGAGAAGUGCAACAUGGGCUUUGGCUCCACCAAACAACCUACAUUACCAGUUCGCCCAGAAGCCAUACCUUUCUCAUACCAUAAAUCAUGGGUGCCAGGGUGCAGAGGAAGAUUGGGAGGAGACUGUCAGCAUGUGUGUGCUGCUUAAACCCAGGGAAUCCGAAGAUCAGCCUACGCUGGUUGAGGUUCCCCUGUUCGGACAGGUUAAGCUUAGCGAGCUGCUGGCUUGGGGAGCUAACAAGCCCGCUGACUUUCCUUUCCUGUUAACCACCGUCGAUGGGAGAAGAGAAGAUGACAUAAGUGUUAUUGGAAAGUUAAGGACUGAGACCAAGCCUGAUCCAGAACAGAGCUCUUUUAGGAGUUUAUUCGAGACCGAGGGAUGUCCUGCUCCGUUUACGUUGGGGUCGCGUUUCUUUUGCUUUCACUGUCCUGGGAUGGAGUUUGCGCCCAUGCCGGGGGAUAACCUGAGGACAGGAUACGAUGCGAAUGAAGAUCUUCCGACUUCGUACACCUCUCUGUACAGUUAUGCGGAGAUGCAAAACACACAGAGAGGUUCUAGCGAGAAGGACAUGGAGAAUGAGGAGAAACUGGCUGUGAUGUACGAAAAGCUUAGGAUGGAGCUUCCCAGGUUUUUCUUGAAGAAUCAUGACUACAGCAUGUAUUCUAUUGAUGUGGAGUUCAUUAACGGCCUUCUCAACACCAAAACCAGAGGUCGGGUAGCGUACCAGCUGAGUCUGACGCUGUGGAGAAUCUUGUGCCUGUGUUAUUACGCCGACGCACGGCUGGAGGUGCUGAAGUUAACCAAGCACCCUGAGGACGGCUCCAUCAAAGCACGCUGGAGAGUCAAGGGUCUGCCCUUUCACACCCUGUUCCUCCGCUUCUACAAGAAAGACAAAAGCCAGUUUUACAGGACCUUUGAUGCAUUCUCUACCUUCUACCUGGGAUCUAAUGGACUCAUUCAAUGCCAUAAAGUUGAAAAGGUAAUGCAGGCUCAGCCACCGGUGCUGCCGAAAGUGACGUCCCUGCUAGCAGGAGCUCUGGUGGCCCUGGGGCUUCAGGAGGACCGACCAGCGUUUAAUCUGCUCCCACUGUUCCUGUCUUCCUUCAGACAGGCUCGAGAUUAAGGAGCGCCGCACAUAGCACAGACACGGCAGGUAGAGGGAGGAACGCGCCGCUCUCGACGGGGAUGGAAGACGUUCUCCUACGGAAGGAAUAAUAGACUUGGAGAAGUUGAGACAGCCAUGAAUAUGGAUAAGAACUGUACGUUUGACAGCAGUAACGAAACAGAAGUUCAAGUAUAACACAGUUCUAUGUUGUUGAAUAGAUUUGACAUGAUACUGUUCUGUGUGUCAUUCAAACGUUCUCUGGCGGCAAUACAUCAACCGAUGCUCUGAAACUCAUAACUGCAGGAUUGGCAUGUUAUCUCAUUGCUUCUAUUCUGGUUACUGUAAAGCUUAAGCACCACCAUGGAUUUAUUAACUUAUAAAGGCUGUCUUGGUUCAGAAUUAUUUAAGUUAGUCUCGCCAGGCCAGCAACCAUUCAUUAAAAGCCAUCAGACAAGCUGCUUAUAAAUACAGCUGAAAUCAAGCGCGGCUACGACCACAAAAACCUGCCCCAGUACUGGAAAAGUUGAAACCUUAACACUUAAGUAAACAAGUCUUUAAAGUGAAUGUGUCAGAAAUAUACUUACCAUUUGAUUCAAGUGUCCUUUUCCUUUAGGGCAGUUGUUACCUAGUGGUUAAGGUACUAGACUAGUAAUCAAAAGGUCGCUGGUUCAAGCCCCACCACUGCCAGGUUGCCACUGUUGGGUCCUUGAGCAAGGACCUUAACCCUCAAUUGCUUAGACAGUAUACUGUCACAGUACUGUAAGUCAGUUUGGAUUAAAGCAUCUGCUAAAUGUUGAAAAUGUAAAUGUUCACUUUCGCUUCCUCAGAUUUCGGUCAAUCCUACAUAAAAUCAGUAAUUCAUUCCAUACAAAGACUUAUAAUCAGUUUAAUGCCGUUGAGCUUCAAGCUGUAUAAAUACUGCUGAAAUCAAGUGCAGCUACGACCACAAAUUUUCCAAAACCUGCCCCAGUAAUGGAAAAGUUGAAACCUCGACACUUAAGUAAACAAGUGUUGAAAGUGAGUGUCAGAAAUAUACUUACCAUUCAAUUCUAGUGUCCUUUUCCAUAGGUAAUAUCUUUAGGGCAGUUGUAACAUAGUGGUUAAGGUACUGGACUAGUACUCAAAAGGUUGCUGCCAGGUUGCCAUUGUUGGGCCCCUGAGCAAGGCCCAUAACCCUCAAUUGUUUAGACAGUAUACUGUCACAGUACUGUGUCAGUUUGGAUUAAAGUGUCAGAUUUCGGUCAAUCCUACAUAAAAUCAGCAAUUCAUACCGUUCAAAGACUAAUAAACGGUUUAAUGCCA